CUAACUGUGACCAUUACAUACUACCGUUAGCUUUCUUCUCUAGCCGUCGCUUUCACGCGCCGCCGUGAGAAAAUGCAGAAAGGACCGGAGCAACCGAGAGUCACUCUCUACAUAAUCCUCACCACCGCGUUUCUCUCUCUAUGCUUCCUCCUAUCUCUCUCUUCCUCUUCACACUCUUCAUCUUCAUACACCGGACGACCCGAAGAUCUACGACCCGACCCGAGACUCUUUCCUUCUUCCUCCAAAAUCGCCGCCGAUACAGCUCCUCCUUCAAUCGCUUACCUUAUCUCCGGAUCUUCCGGUGAUUCGAGACGGAUCAUUCGUCUUCUCUACGCUACUUACCAUCCUCGGAAUCGAUAUCUUCUCCAUCUCGAUAGCUUAGCGACACAAUCUGAACGAGAUCGGCUCGCUGUUGCUGUACAAGAUGUACCGAUCUUUAGAGCUGCAAGGAACGUUGAUGUUAUUGGGAAGCCUGAUUUCGCGUAUCAAAGAGGAUCGUCUCCAAUGGCUUCUACGCUUCAUGGUGCUUCGAUUCUUCUUAGAUUGUCUGGAGCUUGGGAUUGGUUUGUUAAUCUUAGUGUUGAUGAUUAUCCUCUCGUUACUCAAGAUGAGCUUCUUCAUAUUAUGUCACAUUUGCCUAAGGACUUGAACUUUGUGAACCAUACUAGCUACAUUGGCUGGAAAGAGUCAAGAAGGUUGAAGCCAGUUAUUGUUGAUCCAGGGCUCUAUCUUGUGGAGAAAACCGAUAUGUUCUUUGCUUCGCAGAAACGAGAGUUGCCUAAGGCUUUCAAGUUAUUUUCAGGUCCAUCUUUCUCCAUCUUAAGCCGUAAUUUCAUGGAGCACUGUGUCUUAGGCACUGACAACUUCCCUCGGACUCUACUCAUGUACUUGUCCAACACACCUGAUUCCCUCUCUAACUACUUCCCAACUAUCCUCUGCAACUCAAAUCUCUUCAAAAAGACCAUCAUCAACAACAACUUACUCUACCUAGCUUCUAACGACACUUCUAAAGAAAGAUACCAUCAGCUUGAUCACAAAGAGUUCACAGAAAUGGUUGAAUCCGGAGCAGCAUUUGCAAGAGGAUUCAGGUACGAUGACACUGUCCUUGAUCGCAUCGAUCAUGAACUUCUGGGACGCAGACCUGGUGAAGUUGUGCCAGGUGGUUGGUGUUUAGGAGAUUCUGGUAAAAACCACAGCUCGUGUUCUGUCUGGGGUGACUCGGGUAUUCUAAGACCCGGUUCUGGUUCCGAUAGGCUCGAGAGACGAAUUGUCGAGCUAUUAUCAAACGAUUGGUUCAGAUCGCACCAAUGUGUACCCGAGUGAUCCUCAUGGCUUGUCCAAUAGAGUAUAUAGUUGUCCAACACGAAGAAGAUAACGGUAAUUUUAUGCUUCUGUAUCUUUAGAGAGAGUUCCACUUCCACAUUGUAAUCUAUGACUUUGAGAGUGUUUGUUCCAUUGUUGUAAAAGAAACAUCUCAAAGCAAA